CCUAAAUCGUCCCAUCAUCAUGACAGCCGACCGCGUCCUCCACCUCCUUCGCGCGCCGGCGGCUUCCCCGGCGGCAGCUCACGGCCGGGGCCCUCCCCGGCCGCAGCGCGUCGGCCUCCCACCGGUAAAGCGGCGCGUCGGCGUGGCCUGCUCCAGCUCCACCGAGGAGGACAGCAUGACUUACAAGGGCGCCGGUGUGGCCUGCUCCAGCUCCACCGAGGAGGACGGCAUGACUUACAAGGGCGCCGGCGUGGACAUCGACGCUGGCUCCGAGCUCGUGCGCCGCAUCCGCAAGAUGGCCCCCUGGAUAGGCGGCUUCGGCGGCAUCCUCCCCCACAAGGAUGAAUACCUUGUAUUUAGCGUUGAUGGUGUUGGGACAAAGCUGAAGCUUGCAUUUGAAACUGGUAUUCAUGAUACAAUUGGGAUUGACCUGGUAGCUAUGAGUGUUAAUGAUAUCCUAACAUCAGGCGCAAAACCAUUGGUCUUCUCAGAUUACUAUGCUACGGGCAAGCUUGAUGUCGAUCUUGCAGAGAAGGUUAUUAAGGGAAUAUUGGAUGGAUGCGAACAAUCAGGCUGUAAUCUGAUAGGAGGAGAGACAGCAGAGAUGCCUGGUUUCUACGGGGAAGGUGAAUAUGAUCUAGGUGGUUUUGCCAUGGGUGUUGUGGACAAGGAUAAGCUCAUCGACGGUAAAAAUAUCGUGGAGGGAGAUAUCCUCAUUGGUCUUCCUUCAAAUGGGGUUCAUUCAAAUGGGUUCUCUCUCGUUAGAAGAGUAUUGGACAAAAGUGGACUCUCCUUGACUGAUCAGUUCCCAGGAAACGAUGGCAAAACAACUACCGUCGGUGAAACUCUCAUGACACCGACUACAAUCUAUGUUAAGCAGGUACUUGAGAUCAUAAGCAAGGGUGGUGUGAAAGGACUAGCCCAUAUCACUGGUGGUGGCUUCACUGAUAACAUCCCGAGAGUAUUUCCUUCUGGACUCGGGGCCAAAAUCUUCACUGGAUUGUGGGAAGUGCCACCUGUGUUCAAGUGGCUUCAACAUGUUGGAAAAAUUGAAGAUGCCGAGAUGAUGCGGACGUUCAACAUGGGCGUCGGGAUGGUCCUUGUAGUAAGCAAGGAGGCAGCUGACAGGAUUAUCGAGGAAUCAAGCCCUGCUUAUCGCAUUGGAGAGGUGAUCCAGGGCAAGGGUGUUCACUACGUCUGAUGCCUUGUGAUAAGCUUUCAGCUCAAAUUUGGAGUGAUUUGAGAUUUGUUUUGUCGUGUGGGCAAAGCAGCCGAAUUUUUGUAACUCCUUUAUCUUAGGCAUGCUUCGAGUGUUAAUGGAGAAGUUGAGAAUAUUUUCGUACUUUUGUAUCAACAUCUUUAGUCUUUA